AUGAAGCUCCCCGUGGAGUUCAUUGCCCUCCUCAUGAGUCUAUCUAGCGCUCAGGCCUUUGCAGUGCCUCCCCGUACUCUUUGGAUGAGAUCCCUAGCCCACCGCUCCUAUAGCGCAAACCCCAUUCGGCGAAAUGCAGGUUUUUCAAGCAUCGAGAGUCUGGUCACCGGCACAACGCAACGCCGCGAAGCCCAGGAAGAGCAACAACAGGAGCGCAACGGUGGAGGCGGUCUCAAGAUUGGCGGUGUGACCCUCGGUGGAUCAGGCGGUGGUAUCACAGGCAAUGGAAUCCAGCUUGGUGGUGGUGGUGGUCAAGAGCAGGGCAAUGAAGAGCAGGAUAACAGUGACCAACAGCGACAAGGCGAGCAAGAAGCCCGCAAUGGCACAGUAAUAACCGAGGGACAGACCGCAGCUCCUGAAACGGAAAGUCCCCCAAGCUCUUUAGCUUCAGAGAAAGAAGGUGAAAAGCCGGCGGACCGUCAGUCUUCCGCUGUUGAACCUGAAGCCCCCGCCAGAGCUGGCACAGAAACCCAGCCGAGUCGUGCAGAAGGCGAAGCCGCAAAAGCCGAAGCACAGCAAGAAGCCCAACAGGCCGAAGAAAAUUCAGAAGGUGCGCUGGCAAUGGAAGAGUCUGAACGCUUCUCUGAGCAAGCAGGUAUCACGUUGGAUGAGUCUGGUAAUGCUCAGAAUCUUGGAGGCAAUCUGGGCAUCACAAAGGGGACGGAUGGAAGCACGUCUGUGGGAGGCGAGAAUGGGAUUCAAGUAGCUUAG